AUGUCGAACAAUCCACAAAUCCUCCGCUCCGAGGUCGUUCUCGAGAAGUAUGGCAAGACCCUUGCUGGAAAGACAGUGCUCAUCACCGGCGUUUCCGACCAUUCCAUUGCAGGCGAACUCGCAAUUCAACUUUCCGCUGCCGAUCCAAAACUACUCAUCUUAACUGCCCGUGCCGAAUCAAAAGUGGCAGGAAUUCAAGAAAAGAUCAGAUCAGCCAAGCCGAACGUGGAGACUCGCUUCCUCAACAUGGACCUGAGUGACUUGAACGCCGUGCGAAGUGCUGUCAGAGAUCUAGAUGAUGUCUCUCACAUCGACCACCUUGUCUCUGUGGCUGGAGUCAUGUUCCCGCCAUACAGCAAGACGAAAGAUGGAUUUGAGAGCCAAUUGGGAGUCAACUAUCUGGCGAACUUCUUGCUCGUGAAGUUGCUCCUACCAAAAGUCCAUGCUGCGGGAGCAGAUUCGUCUGUGGUUAUCAUGGCUUCGUCCAUGGUCAGACAAGGGAAGAUAGACUUCGAUGACUUCAACUUCAGUGAUGGCCAAACCUACGAUCCCAUGGUCGCAUAUGGCCAGUCGAACGCUGCAAGAGUCAUGUUUGUCAAGAGACUGGGUGAGAAGUUGAAGAACGAGAAAAUCCGUGUUUUCAGUGUUGAUCCUGGCGCCGUUCAAACCGGUCUGCAACGACACUGCCCUCCUGGAUUUAUUGACCAGGUCGCCGAAUUGGUGAAUGCCGGAACCAUGGUUGACAUGGACGGAAAUCAAAUCGAAAUUCCCCCGUGGACUACUACCUCAGAAGGAGCCGCUACUGUCAUCACAGGAAUGACUGACCCUACCAUUGCAGGGUACAAUGGCUCGUAUCUCAGCCAGAACGCAGUCGCAGACCACGAGUUGCACACCCAUAUCAACGACGAAGACAACUGGAUCAAACUUUGGAAGCUGAGCGAGGAUCUGACCAGAGAGAAGUUUUCGCUGUGA